CACACACACAAGAGAUAUCUAUUAAUGAAUACUACUAUGAGUUUGGGCAUCUUGUGUGCCUUUAUAUUGGUGGGAAAACUAGUGUUUUCUUGCUGGAUUAUCCCUUUUUUGGCCUACAGGAAGCUCAAAAGAAAUGGAUUUUCCGGGCCGAAACCUAGCUUUCCUUUUGGAAACUUGAAUGACAUAAAACUAUUGUCAUCGUUUUCGUCUUCAUCACCACUGAGUAGUAUAUCGAACAAUAUCCAUUCCACCGCAUUUCCCUACUUCGCUCUAUGGCAGAAGCUAUACGGGAAAGUAAUGGUGUACUGGUUGGGGACGGAGGCGUUUCUGUACAUCGCCGACCCACAAUUUGUCAAGGAAAUGAGUGCAGACAUAAAAGGGAAAGGUUGGGGGAAACCUAAUGUCUUCAAACAGGACAGAGAGCCCAUGUUCGGAAGCGGCCUCGUCAUGGUCGAAGGCGACGACUGGGUUCGCCACCGCCACGUCAUCACCCCCGCAUUCUCUCCUGCUAACUUGAAGGCUAUGGGAGGCUUAAUGGUCGAGUCAGCGAGCGACAUGCUAGACCGGUGGGGCAGCCUGGUCAGCUCGGGCCAACCGGAGAUCGACGUGGAGAGGGAGAUAAUCCGGACGGCCGGAGAGAUCAUCGCGAAGACGAGCUUCGGCAUAAGCGACGGGAACGGGAGGAAGGUUCUAGAGAAGUUGAGAGAUGUGCAAAUCACUCUCUUCAAAACCAACCGCUACGUGGGGGUUCCCUUGGGGAAGUACUUGAACCUUAGGGAAACCCUAGAAGCCAAGGCGCUCGGGGAGGAGAUCGACAAUCUCCUCCGCGAGAUCAUCGCUGAGCGGAGGACCAAGAUAGGGGGCGGCGAGGCAGAGGCCAAGGACCUCCUCGGUAUGCUGAUGGCGGAUGACAAGAAAAAGAGGGCGCUCACCACCAAGGAGCUGGUGGAUGAGUGCAAGACUUUUUUCUUUGGCGGCCACGAGACCACCGCGCUGUCUCUCACGUGGACACUCCUCCUCCUCGCCAUCCACCCUAGGUGGCAGCAGGAGUUGAGGGAGGAGAUCACCCUAGUCGUCGGAGAUGGGGAGCUUAGAGAUGUCGCAAUGCUUGCUGGCCUAAAAAAGAUGGGAUGGGUAAUGAAUGAGGUUUUACGAUUAUACCCUCCGGCUCCAAACGUGCAAAGACAGGCAAGGCAGGACAUCCGAGUGGGGAACGUGGUGAUUCCGAAUGGGACCAACAUGUGGAUCGACGUGGUGUCGAUGCACCACGACGAGAAGCUUUGGGGGAAGGACGUGCACGAGUUCAAGCCGGAGAGGUUCGAGGACAACAUAUAUGGAGGGUGCAAUCACAAGAUGGGGUUUUUGCCAUUUGGAUUUGGAGGAAGGAUGUGUGUUGGGAGGAAUUUGACAGCCAUGGAAUACAAAAUCAUGCUAACUCUAAUUCUCACUAGGUUUUCAUUUUCACUCUCCCCAAACUAUUGCCAUCAGCCAUCUCACAUGCUAUCUCUUAGACCUAAGCAUGGCAUGCAACUCAUCUUCAACCCUCUAUAGAUACUUUUGCUUUUAUACAUUAUUAAUUUACUUUCUUUUCUUGUUUCUCUUUAUUAUUUGGGUAUUUGUUUGCUCCUACUCAAUUGUUACACAAGUUAAAACUUGUGGGAGUGUGUUUUUAGCAUUAAGGAUAAAUGUAACUUGUUGUAAUAGAGGGCUACUAAGGUUUAGUACUCCAUGUUGUAACUUGUAACUAAUCUAGAGAAUAAAAUUUAGUCAUUGUUUCCCGAA